GCAAACUAUAAAUAUGAGAUUUCUUCGUAACAACUCUCACACUUGAAAAACACAGACUUUAUCUUCUUCCUCUUUUCUCACUCUCUAAUUUCUCUCUCUGCACUAACCCUACCACACGGUGAAACCGCCAUGAAUCUCCAUUUUCGAGCUUGAAUUGGUUUCGAUGAACAACAGCAAGAUGAAGAAGGUUUCGAAGUUGAGGACUUCGAACGAGAACGUUUCGCCAUUGAUGGUCGAGUUGGAUGAUAACAGAGGACUACGUUAUCUCCAAUCAACAACGGUGAGUCCAGGUUUUCAACCCUACGCCGCCGAGAACUUCGACGUUACCGGCUCGCCGUCGCAGCUCGCUAAAUACUUCUACGCUGUAUCUCCGGUUUCUGCUAAAUCAGGUGACUCCUUCACUUCUCCGAUUUACGGCUCCAGUAAGUACAGGUUAGCAAAAACGCCGCCGUACUCCGGUACCAGCAACAGCUCAGGGGGGAAUAGUAGCUUCAGUUCUCGCGGUAGAUUGUCUCUCUCGCCGCUUGCUUCAAUUGAGAAUUUGGAGAGGAAGCAGCUCUCGUCGCCGCGGAUGUAUCAAACGCCAGUGAAGGGUGGUGAGGAAGUUAUUGUGAUGGAUGAUAUACAGGUGAGGUCAAUGUCAGGAGGAAAGAACAGAAGAUCUUCAUCUUCUUCUUCUUCUUCCGGUAGAGGCUCUUCAUCUUCCUCUUCUUCGUCCUCGAAGAGUGUGUUGUUUAAGAAGGAGGUUUGCAGAGCAUGGGAGGAAUCUGGAAACUGCCGCUAUAACUCCAAAUGCCAGUUUGCCCAUGGAAGAGAAGAGCUUCAUCUAAGUCGUCUCUCCAUGAAGAGUAAAUCUGAGGCACAGAUGGGCAGAUUAUCUAUGAGAGCAGGACUGUGCUUGUAUGGCCCGGACAGCCGCAUUCUUCCUGAAUCCGCUGAAGUAGCUGAAUCUGGACCUGUAGUCACAAGACUUGCAAGAUCUCAACCAGCUUCCCCUGAACCUCAUCGCACUCAUGCCAGCCUGGACAGCCGUAUUGUUCCUGAAUCCGCUGAAGUAGCUGAACCUGGACCUGCAGUCACAAGACUUGCAAGAUCCCAACCAACUUCGCCUGAACCUCAUCGUACCCCUGUCAAUCCAAACACCAUCAGCGACUGGUCACCCCUGGACGAUGGCAUUGAGGCUGUCCUCCCAAAUGGUUCAGACAGAGUUCCCUCUAGGGAGGAAGUUGAUGCAUACAUUUUUGGCAUUCUCAAUCAGCCGACCACUAAAAGAAGACUACCAGUGUUUGCGGCACUUUGCGAGGGGCAGUAAUCUCCAUGACGACUAGCAAAAAGACUCCUAUCUGUUGGAUAUUACUUUCAAACCCAUUUUUCUACCUUUUGAAUAAUUUCCCCCCAUUUGUUAGAUAAAUAAAUAAGUACAAUCAUUGUUGGGUGUGCUGCUAAUGAUGUUCUGGGAGAGUUGAUGACUAGAUUACCAGUACUGUGUAUAUAUUUCAAAAUAAUGACACAUUUUUACAAGAAAGGCAAAACCCAGCAAUGGUUUGAUUGAA